UGUGUGUGUCAAAUCCAGUGACCCGUCGUCGAAGCUGUGUGCCACACGACGCAGCGCUGGGAUACCUUUCUACAUCCAGGCUCUGCUUUCCUCUGAACCCAAGUCAUCCAGCUGCAGUCUGUUGAAGAUGACCAUGAGGGAGCUGAUUGCUCUGGCCAUGCCCUCAGCUGACAGGACCACCGACAGCUCCACCGUGCCACAGGUCCAUGCUCUGAACAUCCUCAGAGCUCUGUACAGGGACACUCGUCUGGGGGAAAACAUUAUUCCGUUCGUCUCAGAAGGAAUGCGGGCUGCUGUUCUGGGCUUCACCUCUCCUGUGUGGGCAGUGAGGAACUCCUCCACUCUUCUCUUCAGCACUCUGAUCACAAGGAUUUUUGGAGUGAAGAAAGGGAAGGACGAGCACUCGAAAAAGAACAGGAUGACAGGGAGGGAGUUCUUCACCCGUUUUCCAGCCCUCUAUCCGUUCCUCCUGAGCCAGCUGGAGGAGGCUGCAGCCACAGUGGAAAGUGACAGUGGUCAGGUGAAGCUACACCCCAGUCUGUUCCUGCUGCUGCUGGUCCUCAGUCGCCUCUACCCGUCACCAAUGGACGGAUCCUCUUCACCACUGGGACUCGCUCCUUUCAUGCCCUUCAUCAUGAGAUGUGGCCGCUCUGCUGUGUACCGGACCAGAGAAAUGGCAGCCCGGGCUCUCGUCCCCUUUGUGCUGGUCACCCAGGUCCCAUCCACUGUCUGCUCUUUAGUGCAGGAGCUUCCUCUACAACCGGGACCCAAAAUCCAGCACAACCACAUCCAUGGGACUCUGCUGCAGGUGCUGUUUCUGCUGCGCUCCUACCAGGCUGACUCACACAGACCCCUGCCAGCAGGAAGUGGCAUUGGCGAAGCCCUCCAUCAGCGCAUGUGGCUCGCUUCUCGACAGAACAGCUGUGUGGUGACCAGAGGAGCCUUUCUGGAUGUGUUGGUGUGUCUGUGCGGGCCCAAGAUCAGCCUUCUGGAAGGUGAGCACCACUGCAGUUCAUAA